CUCUGACUGAUUAAUUUCAGGUGGUACCGAGAAAGCAUCCGUUGUUGCUGUUGUCAGGGGUGGGAACUAAUGCCAUUGCUUACGAUCUCUCACCCGAGUCUUCAUUCGCUCGUCACAUGUGUGAGCACGGAUUUGACACGUGGAUUCUUGAGGUUCGGGGCUCCGGCUUAAGCAUGCAAGAAACAAACCGUAAACAGAUUGAGCAAUCAGCACAUGAAAUAUCUAAUCAAAUGGAAGCUGCUUCUGCAACAGGAACACGAAACACUCAAUUUGGCCCGCAAUCUUCGAACAAUAACGAAACUGCCCCAACAGAAUCAGAGACGGUUAUAACUACCCAACAACCAAUUUCAUUGCCAACUGUAUUUCCAGAAUCGGUUAUCGUAACCAAAUUAACCGAAACCUUUAUAACACUAUCAGCUAGAGUAUCUGACUUUGUUGGUAAAAGUCAACCUAGACUAAUUUCCGCUAAAUUAUUUGACCAGUUUUCGAAACUGGUAGGAGAUUCUUUUAUAGCAAAGCGGUUUAAUGAGAUAAAGGAGAAAAUUUCAAGUUUUUUGGAAGUGAAACAUGAUUCGGGUGUUGCAAGUCAAAUAAAGGACUCGAGUCAAAAGUUGGUUAACAUUCUUGAAGAAGGUCAACGCUCUGUUUCGUCCCCAUUGUUUGAUCUGCAAGAACGUUUGACCAUAAUCAUGGAAGGGUUGCAGAAGCAAGUGGAUUUGAUCGGCAAAUUUGAUUGGGAUUUUGAUCAUCACCUUGAAGAGGACGUUCCUGCUGCGAUGGCCUAUAUAAGGGCCCAUACUCGACCCGAGGAUGGCAAACUCGUUGCUGUUGGACACUCCAUGGGUGGUGUUUUACUAUAUUCGAUGCUAUCACGCUACGGUUUUGAAGGAAAAGAUCCAGGGUUAGCUGCGAUUGUUACGUUGGCAUCUUCACUCGGUUACGCCUCCUCUAAAUCAUCACUGAAAUUAUUACUGCCACUUGUUGAUCCUGCACAAGCGUUAAAUGUACCGAUUAUUCCAUUAGGGGCAAUGUUAACCGCUGCAUAUCCUCUUACAUCCCGUGCUCCUUAUGUUUUAUCAUGGCUUAAUCAUAUGAUAUCAGCACAAGACAUGAUGCAUCCAGAUUUAUUUAAAAAACUCACUUUGAAUAGCUUUUGUAGCAUACCUGCUAAACUAUUGUUACAGCUUGCGUCAGCGCUUAGAGAACACGGUUUAUCUGAUAGAAGUGGGACGUUUUUCUACAAAGAUCAUAUUCACAAAAUUAAUAUCCCGGUUCUGGCAAUCGCAGGUGACCGGGAUGCAAUAUGUCCCCCUGAAGCCGUACGCGAAACAGUGAAACUGAUUCCUGAGAAGUUGGUUACCUAUAAACUUUUUGGUGAACCGGAUGGCCCACAUUAUGCCCAUUAUGAUUUGGUUGGGGGACUAUUGGCGGUGGAUGAAGUGUAUCCAAGUGUAGUACAAUUUCUAAGUAGUCAUGACCAUUGACCAGAAAUAGUUAUCAAGGAGUUUUGUUCGGUAUAUCAACUGUCAAGCACACAAGCAGUCCUUUAAAGCUCUAAAUAUGCAUGAUUAGUCUUCAAUGAACUGCUACAAGUCCCUAAACUUUCCAGUACAACAAGAUUAAUCCCUCAACAUAUAAAACAUAUCAAGCUAGACAUCAACCACCAUCAACUACACAAUGUUUUGCUAUUGAAUUAAUAUUUUGUAACAUCUCAUACAUUAAGUAACCGAAUUCAUAAAUAUUGUAAUUACAUAAGAAAAUUAAUAAAAAAUUCCACAUACGUGCC